GGGUUUGGAGGUAAGGGUGUCACUUCGUCGUAAAUAAUCAACAGCGUUGGUCUGCUAGCACCGAGAGAUGCCGUGCUGCACAUGGCAGAAACGUGAGGGAUAUGACAGUGGAUAUUGAAUCAUCACGGGUUGUAAAUCUACUGGAAAUUAAAGAAUGGUCCAAUCUGAAGCACCCGAAUGUCCUUCGCCUCCUGGAUAUGAUCUUCAACGUCGACGGGGUGGUCAUUUUCAUGACAGAACUCAUGCAGACCAACCUAUUUAUGCGUCUUCAGGACAAAGAAUUCAAGAGAGAGGCGCAAGCCCCAGAAAAAUGUCGCCAAUAUGCCCGCCAAGUUAUGUGUGGCCUUGCCUACAUGCACCAAUCAGAUCUUUGCCAUCUGGAUUUAAGAGCAGAAAAUGUUUUUAUCGCCAAAGACGGCAGGGCAGUUGUGGCAGAUUUCUCGGGGUUGUGUAGGAAAACUGAAAUGAAGAAAUUCUGUCCGCUGCCGCAUUCCCUACGACCGCCAGAGAUGCUGACCAGCAAGAAAAAAGUAGCCCCGAUGCCAGUCGAUCUUUGGGCUUGUGGCUUACUUUUAGCAAACUUAUUCCUCGGGAAAGGCUUCUACAUAUGCACCGUCAAAAACCAAAAAGCUGGCCACAUCGACGCCGUUCUUCAGUACACCGGGUUAUUCCGUUGCCAAAACUACGUGGAAAACUUCUUCACCCAAACCUACCCUAACAGCAGCGUGUCUGAAGGUCGUUUAGAAGAAAUGAUGUCUUUGAUGAACAUGUUUCUCCAAAUAGACCCUGAAUUGAGAAUUGCGACAGAAGAGGCCUUAAAACACAGUUUCUUGAGCUUCAGUCCAGAAAAAACCGGUGCAGUAAUUUUAGAAUCCAAGAACACUUCCGGGACGUUGACUAAGGCGAAUUCUUCCUUGUCUGCUGAUACGGCAGCUGAGGAUACCGAAUCUCCAAAUCUUGAUGUGAAAUUUCUUCAGCACAGCACAGGUGCCAUCAAACCAAAGACAGGCAAGUGGCAAAAAUACAAAUUCCGGUUCGGAAAACUAAGACUAAACCUUCUAGCCCCACCUGUUUCUUCUAAAACAGAGAAAGCAAAGACAGAGGAGCCGCAGAAAAUGAACAAGAGCAGUGCGAAAGUGUUUUUCAAAAAAUAAAACAUUAAAUAUUCUA